UUGAAGAAUUACAACAGAGCACCCAAAAGUCUACCAACGAAAAAACGCACCAAAGAUAACGACGGUGUCUCUCUCUCUCUGUUCGCUUUGUUCAGUGAGAUCAACAUGAACCCCAUGUCGGUUUGCUCCUCCUCCUCCUCGUCGUCGUCUGGGUCUUGGAGCAGCACCAAGGCAUGGAUUGUCCACGGAAUCGUCGCCGGAGUUGCAAUUGCGGUGGCAAUUGGCGCCAGGGUUUACUUGGGUCCGCCAAAGAAGUUUCGGAGCCGGGUCGUCGGCAUCAUCCCCGCCCGUUUCGAUUCUUCACGUUUCCAGGGCAAGCCUCUCGUUCAGAUCCUCGGAAAGCCCAUGAUCCAGAGAACAUGGGAAAGGGCAAAACUGGCAACUACACUGGAUCAUGUUGUUGUUGCGACAGACGAUGAGAAGAUUCGAGAAUGUUGUCGCAGUUUUGGAGCUGAUGUCAUAAUGACCUCAGAAUCCUGCAGGAAUGGUACUGAGCGUUGUUCUGAAGCUAUUCAAAAGCUUGAGAAGAAGUAUGAUAUAGUUGUCAAUAUUCAGGGGGAUGAGCCUCUUAUUGAACCUGAGAUAAUAGAUGGAAUUGUUAAAGCUUUGCAGGAAGCCCCAGAUGCAGUGUUUAGCACUGCGGUCACAUCAUUAAAACUUGAAGACGCAUUUGAUCCGAAUCGAGUGAAAUGUGUGGUUGACAAUUCUGGUUAUGCCAUCUAUUUUUCAAGGGGGUUGAUUCCAUUUAACAAGUCAGGCAAGGCCAAUCCACAGUUUCCCUAUAUGCUUCAUCUAGGAAUUCAGAGCUAUGAUACAGGGUUCCUAAAAAUAUAUCCUCAGCUUGAACCUACUCCUUUGCAACUAGAAGAGGAUCUGGAGCAGCUUAAAGUCCUUGAAAAUGGGUAUAAGAUGAAGGUGAUCAAGGUUGACCAUGAGGCUCAUGGUGUUGACGCCCCAGAAGAUGUUGAGAAGAUAGAAUCUCUAAUGCUCCAGAGGAACUUGUCUUAGAAAUUCCUAGUUUGUGGUAUAUCAGACCAUUAAAAAGCAAGUAAAUCUUCCAUAGACCCACACUUAAUGAUUAGAGUUACUAAGCUCUUACAAAUUCCCCUGUAUAUUAAAAGUGAUUUGUUUCUGAGUCAUUCCUUGUAGGGUUUUUUCCCCCCCAUUGUUUGCUCUCCAUAGCCGAAAGUUUAGAGUUGUAUGUUAUUUAUGAGUUGUAUUCUAAUUUUGUUUUCUGCCCCUGAUUAUCAUGUGCAUCAGUAUGUAUUCUAUGUCUAUGUGUCAUAAUAGAAGGAUUAAUUUUGUUCACAUUUA